CCAACUCUUAUUUCUCAUCCUGAAACUGAAAACUGAGUUGCUGGUGUAAAAUUGGUGAAUUAGUCCUAAAAAAUAUAAAUAUCUUGUCAAUUAAAUUAAUUAAUUUUUAAAAGUAAAGUGUGUUCGUUUUUUUAAGAUGAGUUAUAGCCAGGAUCACCAGCAGCAAGGAUCACCUCAAGUUUCAAUUCAACAACAACAACAAUCAAUUUCUGGAGCCUCUGGAUCUGUUCAACAAGGAGAAUCAUCAUCAUCAUCAACAUCAUCAUCAUCCGGAGGUUCACCUCAGGCGCAGCUUCAAGCAUCUCAACAGCAACAGCAACAGCAGCAGCAACAACAACAACAACCCUUAGCCGAAGCUACUGGAUCUAGUCUACAAGGAGGACCAGGGGUACUAGGUUCACUUUCAGUUCAACCAACUUCACCACCACAAUUACAACAGCAAGCCUUGACAGGAUCUGAUCUUGCCGGAGGAUCAGUUAGCUCAGCAUCCUCUUCUAGUCUUUUCAAGUCUUAUCCUAACGUAGCCUGGAACGGUCCAUAUACCGGUAACACCGUAUCUAAUCAAUGGUCAUCACGUGCUAGUCAAGCCCUUGUUAAUUCUAAUCCAUGGAGCAGUUUGAGUAAUCCGUUAGGAGGACAUACCAAGAAACCAGUGCCAAAUUUUCAUGUAAUUUCACCUAUGAAAAAAUCAACUCCAAACAUGAGUCAACAAUCUAUGAUAUCAUCUUCAAUGGCCGGGGCAAUGGGCAAUGGUUCGAGUAACCCUCUAGAUAACCUUCGUUAUCCUUUAGAGCAACAACUUCUUGAGAUAAUGCGCAAUGCAUCUGGAGAAAGUCAAGAUCAUUUCAAAGCAACAUCUUUCUCUGGAUAUGAUGAUUUUGUUGGAGCACGUAAAGUCUUCAGAGCUCGCAAUCUUGGCCGGCGUCGAGGAAAAUCACCUUUCUUUACUGGUCUCGAUGCAGAUAAUCAUUCACUUCUUGAUUCAAGUUCGGUUGGAGCUGAAGCCGGUGAACGAUUUUCUCGUAAAGUGUUUGUUGGUGGUUUACCGCCAGACAUCGAUGAAGAAGAAAUAACUGCAAGUUUCCGUCGAUUUGGUCCGUUGGUUGUUGAUUGGCCACACAAGGCUGAAAGUAAAUCAUACUUUCCACCUAAAGGUUAUGCUUUCCUUUUAUUUCAAGAUGAAUCAUCUGUUCAAGCAUUGAUUGAUGCUUGUAUUAAUGAGGAUGACAAAUUGUACCUGUGUGUAUCAAGUCCCACCAUAAAAGAUAAACCGGUGCAAAUACGUCCUUGGAGAUUGAGUGAUGCUGAUUUUGUGUUAGAUGCAUCAAUGCCUUUGGAUCCAAGGAAGACAGUUUUUGUUGGCGGAGUUCCACGACCAUUGAAAGCUGUUGAACUUGCCAUGAUUAUGGAUCGUCUCUAUGGGGGAGUUUGUUACGCUGGAAUUGAUACCGAUCCUGAAUUGAAAUAUCCUAAAGGAGCAGGUCGGGUAGCUUUCUCUAACCAGCAAAGCUACAUUGCUGCAAUAAGCGCUCGAUUUGUUCAACUACAACACGGUGACAUUGAGAAAAGGGUUGAAGUUAAACCCUAUGUUCUGGAUGAUCAAAUUUGUGAUGAAUGUCAAGGAGCUCGGUGCGGUGGUAAAUUUGCCCCUUUCUUUUGCGCCAACGUAACUUGUCUUCAAUAUUAUUGUGAACAUUGUUGGACAACUAUUCAUUCACGCCAAGGAAGGGAAUUUCACAAGCCCCUAGUCAAAGAAGGUGCAGAUCGGCCCAGAGCAAUACCAUUUCGAUGGUGUUAAAUUACAGUCUUUCCACACUCAUUUGACAAAACAUCAGAGCCAUCUAUUGAAAUCGAAACUCUAGCCCUAGCAUAAAUAGUGCUAGGAUAAUUUAAAUAGUACUCUCGUCGUACUAUUGGCAAUAUAAUAGACGGUGCUGUUUUUUUUUGUCAAAAUAAGUGUGGAAAGACUGUAGAUGCAAUUUAGGGUGAAAUUCAAUAGUCGUUUUAUACAGUCAUUUGUGAUCUCCAUUUGAGGUGAAACCAUUUUUGCCGUUCUAAUCAUCAUCUUGAUCAUAAUCAUCAUUAUCUUCAUCAUCCUGAUCAUUUUUUUUCUCUCAUCCUAAUCAUCGCAUUCAUCCGCUUCUAUGUUCAUCUUUUUUUUUGGGUUCAUCUCUUUGACAGACUUAGAAACUCGCCAAUUGCAAUGGAUCUCUCUCGUUGAUUAUCAUCAGGGCUUUUCAAAAGGCAUAGAGUCAUUUUUCUAAUCAAAAAGGCAUAAAUUUUAUGCCUAUGUCUAUCUUUUCCCUUUCUUUUCCCUUUCUUUUUUCAAUUUUAUCAACCUUAAUCUGUCCUGAUUAAAAGAUAGACGCCUUUUUUGACCAAUUUUGAUGAUAAUUUUUCCCAUUGAAAAUCAAUGGACUUUUCUUAGGUUUAUCUUUUAUGCCUAAAAGCACUUACAUAAGAUAGACGAAAGGCAUAAAAUGUGAAAAGCCCUGAUUAUCAUUAUCUAGCAAAGUCUGUGUUUUUUAAACUGCAAUCUUGUCCCAUCAUCUUCAUCAUCAUCAAAUUGCACUUCUUAUAAUUAUUACUUUCGUUUGUUUCUCUCUCCUCUGCCGGGCUUUUGUGAAAUAAAUCUGACGAUAAAACAACCUAAAAAACCCAAACCCAAACCCAAACCUAAUCAAACAUACAAACCUUAACAAAAUAUUAUUUUGAACAUUUUAUAUUGCUAUUUACUUUUACCUUAAAGUUACUAUUAUAUUAUGAUUA